AUGUCGUCCAAAAGCAACGGCAACAUCAAAGACGAGGUCUCUGCCAAGACGGGACUCGGCUCGCACACGGUCGCACCACCCUACUCGAUCCCCAUCGAAUCUCGUCCGCCUAAACAGACCUACCUGCAAACGCUCCUCUUUGCGCUCGUCUUCAACGGUUGCAUCAUCAGCGCGCACCUCUUCCAACUUCUAUCCUGGCCUCUAUCCUUGAUUCCCGCCACUCGACCGCUGUACCGUUCCAACAUCGCGUACACCAAGCUCGCCUUUGCCCGCAUCCUCCUCAUCGUCUCCCAGUUCUUCGGCCCUACGCAGCUCGUCAUCUCUGUCGGCGACGGCCGCGGUGGCCUGCUCGAUGCAGAACAGUUUGUUCGGCGCAACAAGCAGACGGGUCGAAUCGAAGGGGUAGAUCUGCCCCGAAGAGCAGUGUGGAUGUCCAACCACCAGGUGUACACCGACUGGCUCUAUCUCUGGUGUCUCGCCUACUACGCCGAUCUGGCCGACUCGAUCCUGAUCAUUCUCAAGAAAAGUCUCAAAUGGAUCCCGUUCAUCGGAUGGGGGAUGCAAUUCUACCGCUUCAUUUUCCUGGCGAGGAACUGGGCGAGUGAUCAACGGCAGUUGGCGAAGCAGCUCGGCGACGUCUCUUCGCAUCCCGCGGAUGGCGACAAGGGCAAGACGGGGACGGCCAAGAAGCUCCUCCUGCUCAUUUUCCCCGAAGGCACUCUGGUGUCGGCCCUGACACGACCGGUCUCAGCCAAGUUUGCCGACAAGAUGGGCAUUCCGGAUCUCAAAAACUGCCUCCUGCCCAGAUCCACCGGUCUCUUCUUCUGCCUGAGAACGCUGGCCAAGGAGAUGGACGAUCUGUGGCUGCUGGAUUUCACCAUUGGCUAUCCUGGCGUACCCCAAUCCGGCUACGGACAGGACUUUUACACGUUGCGCUCGAUCUUCAUGCAAGGCAUCCCACCGCCGGCGAUCCAUCUGCAUUUCACCAUGACGCGCAUCACGGAGGCUGUUCAGGGAGAUACCAGCUCCAAUGCACCCAGCGUCGCCGCCGUCUCCUCGGCAACAGUCGACACCCCGCCUCUCGGGGUCAACGAGAAGGCGGGCGAAAGCACCGAAGACGAGAGAAACGCUUUUGAGGCAUGGCUUCGCAAUCGAUGGACGGAGAAGGAUGGCCUCAUGGACAGGUUUUACCAGCAGGGCGACUUUGUCGGUGGCGAAUUUGCCAAGUUGGUCCAAUCGGGCAAGGCGGUGGAUGCCAAAGAGUCGUAUGGCAAGUUCGCCGUGCUCAAGGCGGAGUUGCGGAAUCUGCGCGAGAUCGGCGAUGCAUUCGCUUGGGGUGUGGCACCCGUCGCGCUGUGGUACGCUUGGAAGACCUACCGCGCUUUCUUCUAG